CACUGCAGUCCAGGCUCUGUGAGUUUACCCCGCAAUCCCAAAUCUUUCCUCAAUGGAUUAACAGGAAAAACAGUAAUGGUGAAAUUUAAGUGGGCAAGGGAAUAUAAUGGCUACCUGACAUCUGUAGAUGGCUAUAUUAACAAGCAGCUUUCAAACACGGAAGAAUACAUAGAUGGAGCCUUGUCUGGACACCUGGGUGAAGUUCAAAUAAGAUGUAAUAAUAGCCUUUAUAUCAAGGAUGUUGAAGAAGAGGAAGAAGAUGGAGAAAUGAGAAAAUAG